UGUGUAUAUAUUGCCGUUGGCGUUUCCCAUCGUUCAUUCAAAGAGUAAAAUUAAAGCCAACGGCAGCUUCUGGAUUUAUCUAACGAACCCUCCGUAGUUCAGCAUCAUCGUCCGUCAUCAUAUCAUAAUCAUCACCGAAUCAAACCAAACCUAUCUUUUAAUUCAAAACUUUUAUUUUGGGAGACGCCGUCGUUUCGGCAACGCCGGCGGCGCCUCCUCCUCCAGCCAUGGCCGCCGCAGACAAAGCGAAGCCCUCGAAGACGAUGCUCUCGCUCCCCGUGAGCGUCGUUGUUUUGGCCAUCGCCUACAUUUACUUCUCCACCGUGUUCGUCUUCAUCGACCGCUGGCUCGGCCUAUUCUCCUCGCCAGGGAUCAUGAACGCCGCCGUGUUCUCCGCCCUCGCCGCUGCCUGCGCCCUCACCUACCGCGCCGCUAUUUCCACGGAUCCGGGUCGGGUUCCCGCAACCUACAUGCCCGACGUCGAAGACGCUGAGAGCCCCAUCCACGAGAUCAAACGCAAGGGUGGAGAUUUGCGAUAUUGCCAAAAGUGUUCUCACUAUAAGCCUCCCCGUGCACAUCAUUGCCGGGUUUGUAAAAGAUGUGUUCUACGAAUGGAUCAUCAUUGCAUUUGGAUAAAUAACUGCGUCGGUCAUGCAAACUAUAAAGUAUUCUUCAUUUUUGUCUUAUAUGCUGUAAUUGCCUGCAUCUACUCCCUGGUCUUACUUGUGGGUAGUCUAGCUUCUGACAGCAUACAGGAUGAAGAGAAAAAUGGAAGAAGCUCUUUCCGAACUGUAUAUGUUGUUUCUGGGCUCUUGCUGGUCCCCUUAUCAAUAGCCUUAUGUGUGCUUUUAGGUUGGCAUAUCUAUCUCAUUCUACAUAACAAGACCACGAUAGAGUAUCAUGAAGGAGUGAGAGCUUUGUGGCUUGCAGAGAAAGGUGGGAGUAUCUAUAAACAUCCAUAUGACCUUGGCCCGUAUGAGAAUUUGACAUUUGUUUUGGGACCGAAUAUCCUUAGCUGGCUGUGGCCUACUGCAAACCAUAUAGGUUCUGGACUUAGGUACCGCACCAUCUACGAUCUCCCUAAAGGUGCUUCAACGUCCAAAUGAGAUUUAGACAUUGCUUUGCAGUGGUCAUUUGCAAUAUUAUUCAUAUUAACCCUUUUGAUGAAUGGUUGAGUGAUGACAAUGCUGAAUGAUCGGUAAUCUGCCAUCUUUUAGUCCACUAUAAAGUAUAGCUUUUUUAAUGUCAAUCACCCAAAAUUGCUGAAGCGUAGGUGGUCACGAGCGUUUCGCUUCAUAUACCAGAAGAAAUUGACUAAAUAAUGUGUAUGCCCAUGUGGAUAUUGAUAAUAGUCACUUAUUCUCUGCCUCCUUUUUCUUUCCUUUUUUCGCCCAUUUCUUAGGCACAAAAUAGGCCUUCUUUCUUGCUUUCCCCUUCUUCCGGUCUUGUUAGGGUUUGGAUGAUGUGGGGUUACAGCUGUAGAGUUCUGCUGAUAAACCUAUGUACAAAUAGAAAUUCUGAAACCGGCUCAUCAAGGAAGUAUCCUCAAGGGAUUGAUUAACCCUAUGUGAAAAGUUGUACUUUUGUAUUCUAGAAUUGUAUUUUCUGUAUCUUGGAUAAUAUUUGUAUCAUCCAUUUUUUUAUUUCAUGUAUUAUACAUUUUUUUUUGCUUAUUUAUA